GCUCCUGAAGGCAGCAGCAGGCUGACUGGCUCUGUGAAGAUGGCGGACUGCAUACGUGUUCCUCUGCUCCUGCUCUUGAUGUGCAUCUUUUUGUUUGUACAUCUGAUUCAAGCUCAAAACAAUGCUAUUAAGAAACUUAUUGCCGGUGUCGAUAAAAUGCAGAACCAAGUUGGAGGUCUGGGGCUCGCUGCGGGGAACCCUGGAGUCGAUGAGAGGAACCAAGGUGCUGGGGCCUCGCUGUCUCGGAGGCGCUCUACCGGCUGGAAGUUGGCUGAGGAGGCGGUGUGCAGAGACGACCUGACCCGGCUUUGCCCCAAACACUCCUGGAACAACAACCUGGCGGUGUUGGAGUGUCUCCAGGACAGGAAAGAGGACUCUGAAAUCGCUGCAGAAUGCAACCAUCUGCUGUGGAACUAUAAGCUGAACCUGACCACAGACCCAAAGUUUGAGUCUGUAGCGGUGGAGGUCUGCAAGACGACCAUCUCUGAGAUUAAAGAAUGUGCCGCGGAGGAGCUGGGGAAAGGUUACCUGGUUUCCUGCCUUGUAGAUCACCGUGGCAACAUCACCGACUACCAGUGCAACCAGUACAUCACCAAGAUGACCACCAUCGUUUUCAGCGACUACCGGCUGAUCUGCGGCUUCAUGGACAAGUGUCGCGAUGACAUCAACACGCUGAAAUGUGGCAGCAUCAGCACCGGAGAGAAGGACGUCCACUCUCAGGGUGAGGUGAUCGCCUGUUUGGAAAAAGGUUUGGUUCGUGAAGCCGAGGACCAGACAGGGGCGCACGUCAUCAGGGAGGAAUGUAAAAAGGCCAUCAUGAGAGUCGCCGAGCUCUCCUCCGACGACUUCCACCUGGACCGCUACCUGUACUUCUCCUGCAGAGACGACAGAGAACGCUUCUGUGAAAACACUCUGGCCGGGGAAGGAAGAGUUUACAAAUGCCUCUUCAAUCACAAGUUUGAGGAUUCCAUGUCUGAGAGGUGCCGCGAGGCGCUGACCACCAGACAGAAGCUGAUUGCUCAGGACUACAAGGUCAGCUACUCGCUGGCCAAAGCCUGCAAGUCGGACCUGAGGAAGUACCACUGCAAUGUGGACACCAGCUUGCCCCGAGCGAGGGAAGCUCGCCUGUCCUACCUUCUGCUGUGUCUGGAGUCGGCCGUGCAUCGAGGUCGUGUGGUCAGCGGCGAGUGUCAGGGUGAGAUGAUGGAUUACAGGCGGAUGCUGAUGGAGGAUUUCUCUCUGAGUCCUGAGAUCGUGCUGCACUGUCGCAGUGAGAUUGAGAGUCACUGCUCCGGUCUGCACCGCAAAGGACGAACGCUGCACUGCCUAAUGAGGGUCGGCCGAGGAGACAUGGGCGCCAUCGAUCCCAGCUGUCAGAAGGCGCUGCAAACAUUGAUCCAGGAAGCCGACCCCGGAGCAGACUACCGCAUCGAUCGAGCGCUUAACGAGGCCUGUGAGUCUGUCAUCCAGACUGCCUGCAAACACAUCCGCAGUGGCGACCCCAUGAUCCUGUCGUGUCUCAUGGAACAUCUGUACACUGAGAAGAUGGUGGAGGACUGCGAGCACAGACUGCUGGAGCUGCAGUACUUCAUCGCCAGAGACUGGAAGUUGGAUCCGAUCCUGUACAAGAAAUGUCAGUCGGAUGCAUCCCGACUCUGCCACACUCACGGCUGGAAUGAGACGAGCGAGUUGAUGCCGCCUGGUGCCAUUUUCUCGUGCCUGUACCGCCACGCCUACCGCUCUCUGGAGCAGGGACGAAGGUUCCCCAGUGGUGAGUCUGAAGCGGAAAACCACGGUUCGAUGCUCUCCCGGGACUGCAAGGUGGAGGUGCAGAGGAUUCUCCACCAGAGGGCGCUGGAUGUGAAGCUGGACCCUGAGCUGCAGAGACGCUGCAUGACCGACCUGGGGAAGUGGUGCAGCGAGAAAACGGAGGCCGGGCAGGAGCUGGAGUGCCUGCAGGACCACCUAGACGACCUGGUUGCUGACUGCAAGGAGGUGGUGGGAAACCUGACCGAGCUGGAGUCAGAGGAUAUUCAGAUUGAGGCGCUGCUGAUGAGAGCUUGUGAUCCCGUCAUUCAGGCCCACUGCCAUGAGGUGGCUGAUAACCAGAUCGACUCUGGUGAUCUGAUGGAUUGUUUGGUUCAGAACAAACACCAGAAGGAGAUGAAUGAGAAGUGUGCCGUGGGAGUGACACACUUCCAGCUGAUUCAGGUUAAAGAUUUCCGUUUCUCCUACAAGUUCAAGACAGCCUGCAAGGAAGACGUCCUCAAACUGUGUCCCAACAUCAAGAAGAAGGUGGACGUCGUGAUCUGCCUCAGCACCACCGUGAGAAACGACACCCUGCAGGACGCCAAGGAGCAGCGAGUGUCUGUCAAGUGUCGUAAACAGCUGCGGGUGGAGGAGGUGGAGAUGUCAGAGGACAUCCGUCUGGAACCGGAGCUGUACGACUCCUGCAAGACGGACAUCAACAAGCUGUGUCAGAACGUGGCCUUUGGGAAUGCACAGGUUAUCGAGUGUCUGAAGGAGAACAAGCGUCAGCUUUUGCCGCGAUGCCACCAGAAGGUCUUCAAGCUGCAGGAGGUGGAGAUGGUUGAUUCUGAACUGGACUAUCAGCUGAUGAGAGUCUGCAAGAACAUGAUCAGACGCUUCUGUACAGAGUCGGAUGGGAAGAACGUUCUUCAGUGUUUGAAGCAGAACAAGAACAGCGAGAUGAUGGAUCCCAAAUGCAAGCAGAUGAUAACCAAGCGACAGAUCACCCAGAACACAGACUACAGGUUGAACCCGGUGCUGAGGAAAGCCUGCAAAGCCGACAUCCCAAAGUUCUGUGACUCCAUCCUAAAAAAGGCCAAGGAUGAAACCGAGCUGGAGGGUCAGGUCAUCUCCUGCCUUAAACUUAAAUACGCUGACCAGCGUUUGUCUCCUGACUGCGAGGAUCAGAUCCGGGUCAUCCUGCAGGAGUCGGCGUUGGACUACAGACUGGACCCUCAGCUGCAGAUCCAAUGUGCAGAAGAGAUCUCCAGUCUGUGUACAGAGGAGGCAGCAGCUCAGGAGCAGACAGGACAGGUGGAGGAAUGUCUAAAAAUCAACCUGCUGAAGCUCAAGAAGGAAGGAUGUAAGAAGGAGGUGUUGAACAUGCUGAAGGAGAGUAAAGCGGACAUCUACGUCGACCCCGUCCUUCACACGGCCUGCGCUCUGGACAUCAAACACCACUGUGCUGCCAUCCCACCCGGCAAAGGACGCCAAAUGUCGUGCCUGAUGGAAGCGCUGCAGGACAAACGUAUUCGUCUGCAGCCCGAGUGCAAGAAGAGACUUCAGGAUCGCAUUGAUAUGUGGAGCUACGCUGCCAAGGUGGCGCCUGCUGAGGGACUUGGGGACUUGGCCAUGCAGGUGAUGACGUCGCCGUCCAAGAACUACAUCCUGACUGUGAUCUGUGCCGGUGUGGCGCUGCUCUUCAUGAUGGGGCUGCUCUGCGGCAGGUUCACCAAGCGAGUCACUCAGGAGCUGAAGGACAGGUAGACUCCGCCCCCUCUGGGGUCAGGACAUAAGAAACGACCGCAACUGAAAAGGACCUCCUCGCCAUUUACCCCCUGAUGCUCCUUAAAGUCCACUGCAUCAUCUUUACUUUCCUUCUACAAGCUUUUUCACCCUCUCUCACAUGACAGCUGGGGGCAUCUAUGUGGGAAUGACAUUACCCACAAUCCUACAGUGGAAGCGGGCAUGAUCAGCAAUUCCCUCCACCUGAGCUUUUUCUUUUUCUUUCUCAUCCUGAGCUGUCAUUCAGAGAUUUUCACACGUUAUCUGAUAUAUCUGGAGUUUUUUUUUUUUGUUUGUUUUUUAACUCUUUCUCUUUUUGCUGUUGGUUUAAGGGGGCAAGGAUAGGGAGGGGAAUCGGUAAGGAUGUAGGGUCAGAGGUCAACGGUUAGAAGUCAAGGUGGUGGGAAAAAAUGAAAUGCAUAGGUGUAAAUGUGUAGAAUGCAGGGUGGGUAAAUGCUCAUGUGUAAUAGAGCAGUUUAAUGACUCCAGUAUUUUAUUGAUAAGAGUGUGUGUUGCUGUGAAGGUGUGUGUGUGUGUGUGUGUGUGUGUGUGAGUUGCGAGUGUGUGUUGCUGUGAAGGUGUGUGUGAGAUCCAAACUGUCUUUAUGCCGCCAGAUUCUUUUUCUCCUUCUGCUUAAACAGGUUUUUGGAGUUUGUUACACCUUUUUUUUUCCUCCUCCUUUUUUUGUGCUGAUUCAUAUUAGAUUUUAUCGCCAAGGGACUGCCAAGUGGGCGGUGCCAGCCAGCCCUCGACCGAGCCACAGAUAAAGAGGCGAGGGUGGGGACACACAGAGUUGCACCUCACACACUUUGGCCGGCUCGCUACAACCGGAAUCACUUGUAGUUAUUUUACUUGUUUUUUUUGUUGUUUUUUUUCUCCAGAUGAAGGAGAAACUUCAGCAAUCCGGUGUCUUAUUUUCCCCAGCCUGUGUCAUAAAUGCACCGUGUGUGUCCACCUCCCAUCAUUGCCAUCUUGGGUGGGAUCUUUUUUUUUUUUUUUAAACAUCAGACUCUGCUCAGACUGGGGUGGAAACCAGACGUUUUGAUUGCUGCCCAUCGCCGCGCAGAGUGGCUGUCGGUUUUGUGCUGGUUGGUACGAAAAAGCUGAGAAGUAAUGCAGGAAAAAAAUAAAGACAAAAAACAAACAAUUCUAGAUUACUAUAGAGAUGUGAACAUUUUUGUGUAAAGAUGAUACUGGAAUCAUUGCACAUUUUUCGUUCUUUUUUUAUAUCUAUAAAUAUAUUGUUUUGUCAUAGCCUUAUUUAUUUGUUUACUAAUUUUUUUUUUUUUUUUUUUUUCCAUCUAUGAUUUGAAUGUUCUCUGGUUGCCUUUUCUCCAGUGAGACUAUCUUCUUCCUGCAGUGGGGGUGGGAGCAGGGAGAGGAGAGGCAGGGGCGGGGGGGGGAGGCAGCAAAGGUGUGAACACCUCCAGGUGUCGAACUCCUCCAGGAGCUGGUGGAUUUUCACGUUGGGACAGUGCAGAUUUUGAAAUGCUGCAUGCUUCCAGCUCCGUGUUUUUAUUCUUGGGCUUGACAAAUAAUCUUUAUUUGCUUCCUACUGGUUGACUGUUUCUCCUAAGCAAGAGGUCUGAGGAGCAGAUGGGGUGAGGCUUCUGUGCCUGAGAUGACCAUAUUAAGGAUAUCCUCUCUAUGACAUCAUACACAUCCAGGAUCUAGAGCAGUCUGAAGCCCGAGCUUUCCAGUUAUUGUACAUACACUGGCCUCAUUAUUAGAAACAUUAGAAAUUUUAACACGAACAUCCAUCAGUUCAAUAGAAGUUGUGUAGGUUCACCUGAGGCAGUGUCGAGCAGCAAAAUGCAGUUCCGCCAAUGUCCACUUGAGGCCGACUCCAGCAUCAGUCAGUUGCCUAGACUCCCAGGUCAAAAUGUUCAAGGUUAACACAGAAAUAAAAAAGCUUGUUACAAAAAUCAUUUUGGUCUCUGUAGAUGGUUUCUCUUUCACAACUGCACACGGGGUAAAUUCAUUCAUAGCUCACCUGGUCCGACUUUGUGAAGACUUAAAGUUAGGAGUGUGGGUGCUUUGAGGGUGUGCCAACACUGGCAACUAAUUGGAAUCACUGAGCUCUGGAAUGUUUCGGGUGUCUUUUCCUUUGAUGAUGAUGAUGAUGAUGAUGAUGAUGAUGAUGAUGAUAAUGAAUAUGGCUUGGUGUGCAGUUAAUUCUCCUAACAAACCGUCCAACAAGUCUCUGCUUUAGUAAUCGUGGUGUUGUCUUUAUUUUUUCGCUUGUUACUUGCCACUAAUUAAUCUGUUACUGUAAAGUUACUUGUCUCAACAGCAUGAAACAAAACACGAGAUAUUGCCAGGCGCAUACCAGUUUUUACCACAAGAUGGUGCAACAAGGCAAGAGAUUAAAAACAUGUUCUUAGUCUCUUAAGGGAAGGCAGAAACAUUUCAGUACACCCCCUGGUAGAAUUCUGCCCCCUGGUGGUGAAAGUGUUACAAAUGUUACCUUUAACACUAACUGGCAGGCUAUGCACACCCACACGGUUUAUAACUCUCCCCUCUCGUUCAGAUACGGUCACUUCUGCCUCUGAAAAAGCAAAAACACUUGAUAUUUCAAAAUGCCAGAAAACAAAAGUGACAUCAUGGUGGCUGCAUCCAGUUUUUAUAUAUGGUCUCUGGUUCUGUAGAAGAGGACGGAUUGCUCGGAGGGUGUGUUUGCGACGCUCAGCCUGCAGGUCGAUCUUGGAGCAGGCGUUCAGUCUCAUAUAAACUCGUGUGAGCAAACACUAAAUCGAGGGCCUCUCCUCUCCCUGCGUGAGCCGAUCACGUGUACGUGUACGAUACUGAGUGACAAUAACUUACUGUAAACUACGUGUACCGUUCCCCUUCUUUCUAACUGUUGAAGCUUGGCAUGCGAGCGCUGCCCUCCCUGCUUGUAAAUGAGACGUUCUGCUUCAUUGAAAUGCCUUUUUUCCAUCAGAUUUUUGUUUGUUUUUAAAUCAAAGUGUGCCUAACCGCCGUCCCGCUGUACAGGACAUCCCAGACGACCUGUUGCACCCAACAGAGGGUGACGUGUGGGCGUAUUUAACCGUGUGAAGGAGCGGGAAGCUGUGCGGUCUGUGUUGUAACGAUAAAGAUCUUUUUGUAAAACUCUUGUUUGUUUGAAUCCAUUGAGCUCCUGAUUGGUUUGUUUUCUUUGUCCACUUUUUUUUCUUUUGUUGUUGUUGUACAGAUGAAAAAUUGGACAGUUUGUUAAUAAUAAUAAUAAAGUCUGCAAGGUUUCUA